AUGGCACCAACCGCACGAAAAGCAUUGAUCAACGUAGACAUGGGAGAGGCCUAUGGCAACUACAUCUGCGGUCCGGAUAAAGAACUCCUCCCCAUGAUCGACCACGCCAACAUCGCCUGUGGUUUCCACGCCGGCGACCCCCUCAUCAUGGCAGAAACCGUCGCACUCUGCAAAGCCCACGGCGUCAAGAUCGGCGCCCACCCCGGCCUCCCCGACGUCCAAGGCUUCGGUCGACGCGAGAUGAAGCUCACCCCGGAAGAGCACACAGCAAAUAUUAUAUACCAAGUCGGGGCUCUCAAGGCAUUCCUCGACCGCGAGGGCGUGGAGAUGCACCACGUCAAGCCGCACGGGAUCCUGUACGGGAUGAUGGUCAGGGACAUUGAGGUAUCCCGGGCCGUCUGGGCGGGCGUUCCAAAGGGGAUGCGGGUGUUUGGACUUGCUGGGACGUAUAUGGAGAGUACAGCGCAAGAAGCCGGGCUGGAGUUCUGGGCGGAGUACUUUGGGGAUGUUAAUUAUCGAGAGGAUGGGACGUUGAUUGUGGAUCGGAAGAAGAAGCCGUGGAAGACAGAGGAUGUUAGGAAGCAUGUUAGCAAGCAGCUGUAUGAGAGUCGCGUUGUUGCUGUUACUGGUACGGAGGUUGAUCUACCUGUGAAGGACUUUCCCAUAUCGAUUUGCUGUCACUCGGACUCGCCUGGCUGCGUGGAGAUUGUGAAGGCGACGAGGGAGGUAGCGGAUCUGUUCAACAGUGAAAAGGGAUUCUAG